GACCCAUAAAGUUUUCCUUUCAUUAAAUUAAGGUAAACAAAAAAAAAAAAAAAAUUACUACCUUACAUUUCAUUCCUAACCUGAUUAAAGGAAGCUAACGGUCAUAAAUUGAAUGAACUCAGAUGAUGGUUUUCAAAGGAGCCAUACAGUUUUUUUGUUUUUUUUCGCGGCGACUCCCAUUUUUUUUUCUUCCCAUCUUUUUUUCAUCUCAUUGUUUCCUCUUAAUUGAGAAUUGUAUUGGUAUGUGUACGUAAGAUUUUCAAAAUAUCUGUUCUAAUCUUUCUUCAUAUCCUUUCUGAAUCUUUGUUAUUGGGGUACCAUUGUUGAUUUGGUCUUUCCCAUUGAUAAUCAAAGCAAUUCUGGUGAAAAUGUUUGGGUUUAUGAAACUACCGGCUAAUAAGAUUUCUAAGCAGAAAUCAGUAGAUCCUGGAUUUUCAGCUUCAACUGCAAACCCAUAUGAUUCAGACACCGAGAAUGCCAAACAGAACAUAGUAAAACCUGCGAGAAGAACUUCCUCUGAACCAAUGCUAUUUGUGCCAGAUUAUGGAGAUGGCGAUAGGUACAGGAACGAUUUUCGGGAUUCGGGUGGAAUAGAGAACCAAAGUGUUCAAGAACUAGAGAAAUAUGCUGUGUAUAAAGCUGAGGAGACGACAAAGAGUGUUAACAAUUGUUUAAAGAUAGCAGAAGAUAUUAGGGAGGAUGCUACUAGGACACUUGAUAUGUUGAACCAGCAGGGUGAGCAAAUCAACCGGACUCAUAUGAUGGCUGUUGAUAUUGACAGAGAUUUGAGUCGGGGUGAAAAGCUUUUAAACAAUCUUGGGGGCAUGUUUUCUAAGCCAUGGAAACCAAAGAAGACUCGAGACAUUACCGGGCCUCUUACAACAGCCGACAAGGCUUCCAAAAGGAGUGAAAACAACUUGGAGCAAAGGCAAAACUUAGGUUUAGCGCCUGUACCAACAGGAAAUAAGUCAACAACAAAGGCACCACAAUCUGAAACAACAGGUGCCCUGCAGAAAGUUGAGGUUGAGAAGACAAAGCAAGAUGAUGCUCUGUCGGAUUUAAGCAACAUUUUGGGUGACUUGAAGAACAUGGCUGUAGACAUGGGAAGUGAACUUAACAGGCAAAACAAAGCUCUUGACCAUGUCUCCGAUGAUGUGGAUGAACUCAACUCUCGAGUAAAAGGUGCCAAUCAACGUGCACGCCGUUUGAUUGGAAAGUAAGGUGCCAAUCAACCAGGCCGUUUCAAGGUGUUGAGUUGAAAUGAGAUUUUUUUCUUUUAUAAAAUUUAAAAUAAAUAUUAUUUAAAUUUUCACACGAUAUUCAUUUUAAUUAUUUUAUCUCCAUAUAAUAUUUAAUUAU